AUGUCCCUCUUCAGUAACCUGCUUGGAUCCACCUCAUUCGCUGCCCCCGCAGGCAAGGUCGAAUUGCCGUUGUCAGAAGAUGAACCUCUUGUCGCAGAUGAACAGGCUGUGGAGAAGUGUGAGCUGAAAAUCGAAGGUAUGACUUGCGGGUCGUGUGUAGAGUCAAUAGAGCGGAUGCUCAGGACACAACCUGGCAUUCACUCGGUAAGGGUCGCCCUUUUGGCAGAGCACGGUGUGGUUGAGUACGAUCCCAAUGUUUGGCAUGUAGACAAGAUAAUAAACGAAAUAUCUGAUAUCGGUUUUGAUGCGACACAUAUACCCCCAUCGCGCUCCGACAUUGUUACCCUACGCGUCUAUGGCAUGACAUGUUCGUCGUGCACUUCUACUGUCGAGUCUCAGCUCUCUGCGAUGCCAGGAAUCACCAGCGUAUCCGUAUCACUCGCGACGGAGACAUGCAAGGUCGAGUUCGACCGUGCGCUCGUCGGUCCCCGGGAGAUGGUGGAGAGAAUAGAGGAGAUGGGCUUCGACGCGAUGCUCUCGGACCAAGAGGAUGUUACGCAACUGCGCUCGCUCACACGGACGAAGGAAAUUCAGGAGUGGCGUUCGCGUUUCCAAUGGAGUCUCGUAUUUGCUCUCCCCGUUUUUUUUAUCAGCAUGAUAUCCAAACAUAUACCCCCGUUGGCGCGAUUCUUCAAUCACUGCAUCCUCCACAACCUGUUCGUUGGUGAUUUUAUCGUCCUGCUGCUCACGACUCCGGCACAGUUCUGGCUUGGGUUUCGGUUCUACCGGAACGCCUACAAGUCUCUGAAACACGGCAUGGCGACUAUGGACGUGCUCGUCGUCCUCGGUACCUCUGCCGCGUACUUCUACUCGGUCAUCUCUAUGAUCUGUGCGAUGUUCAGCUCACAGCACGACAUGCGACCUUUCGUAUUCUUUGACACGAGCACAAUGCUGAUCAUGUUCGUGUCCCUCGGCCGAUACCUCGAGAACCAAGCCAAGGGCCGGACUAGCGCCGCGCUGACAGAUCUUAUUGCGCUCUCCCCCUCCAUGGCCACUAUUUACACGGAUGCACCGGCAUGCACGAUGGAAAAGAAGAUCCCGACCGAACUUGUGCAAGUCGGAGACACGGUGAAGAUCGUGCCGGGCGACAAGGUCCCCGCCGACGGUACCGUGUUAAAGGGAUCGUCGACCGUAGACGAGAGCGCUGUCACUGGCGAGCCUGUACCCGCGGUCAAGCAAAUCGGGGAUAGUGUCAUCGGCGGCACCGUCAACGGACUCGGCACCUUUGACAUGCUGGUCACCCGCGCUGGCAAAGAUACCGCACUCGCACAGAUUGUCAAGCUCGUGGAAGAGGCGCAGACGUCCAAGGCACCCAUUCAGACGUUCGCCGAUAAGGUCGCGGGGUACUUUGUACCCACCGUCAUCACACUUGCGGUGAUCACGUUCACGGGCUGGAUGGUCAUCUCCCAUGUCCUCAGUGAGACGUCGCUUCCUGCAAUGUUCCGUUCUCACGGUGCGAACAAGCUCGCGGUAUGUCUGCAGCUGUGUAUCUCCGUUGUCGUUGUUGCCUGUCCGUGCGCGCUCGGUCUAAGUACCCCUACAGCAAUUAUGGUCGGCACUGGGGUGGGCGCACAGAAUGGUAUCUUGAUUAAAGGCGGAAGGGCGCUCGAAGCCAGUAAGUCCAUCAAGCGAAUCGUGCUCGACAAGACCGGUACAGUCACCGAGGGCAAGCUGACGGUGGUCGCAUCGACUUGGGCGUCGGAAGACUACAGCGAACUGUACGCUCACGCUAACGGAGUCGUUCAGUCUUUAAACGCGCUGCCCCUUACUGCACGGUCUCCCGUCGGGCCCAGCUGCGCCGAGAUAGUCGGGAUUGUUGCUGCAACAGAAGCUCGCUCUGAGCAUCCUCUGGCGAAGGCAGUCGCUGUGUACUGCAAGGAUCUUCUCGCAAAGUCUUCCUUGGCCUUUCCACAGGUCACGCUCCAUUCGUUCGAGAGCGUUACCGGUGAGGGUGUGCGGGCGACCGUCUCGGUAUCGGAUUGGAAGAGCCAGUACACCGUGUUUGUCGGCAACUCGCGAUUUGUCAGGCAGUCCGAAACUACAUUGCUUCCUAAUGCGCUAUUCAAUUUUGACGCUGCGCAGGAGACUCAAGGGCGGACGACGAUAUUUGUAUCCAUUUCGAGCGCCGAGCAUCCUAUUCCUCACCCAGUACUCGCGAUCGCUCUCUCAGAUGCGCCCAGACGGUCGUCUGCGCACGCUAUCAAGGCGCUUCAUGCCAUGGGCAUUGAAGUCAACAUGAUGACUGGCGACAGCAAGGUUACCGCCGUAGCCAUCGCGAAACAGGUCGGAAUCCGAGCGGAGGGUGUAUGGGCGGACAUGAGUCCUAAGGGCAAGGCAGCGAUGGUGACAGACCUCAUGGAGAAGAACAACGGUGGCAUCGCUAUGGUCGGCGAUGGCAUCAACGACUCGCCCUCCUUAGUCGCCGCAUCCGUUGGCAUUGCUCUGUCCUCUGGAACGUCAGUCGCGAUCGAGGCUGCAGAUAUCGUGCUCAUGCGCUCCGACCUCCUCGACGUCGUAGCCGCACUGCACCUCUCGCGUGCGAUCUUCGCAACCAUCCGCCGCAACCUGGUCUGGGCAUGCAUCUACAACGUGCUGGGUAUUCCUCUCGCGAUGGGGCUGCUCCUCCCCGUGGGUAUCCAUCUUCACCCAAUGAUGGCGGGCGCGGCGAUGGCGUUCUCGUCGGUCAGCGUGGUGACGAGCUCGCUGACGCUCAAGUGGUGGACGCGUCCGCCAUCAAGCGUCAUGCCUGGCGAGACGGUGCACCAGGAGACGAUGAUGGACAGCCUGCGGGGUGCCAUCGGCGAUGCUUGGGAAAGCGUGGGUCGGUCCGUGCAUCGCAGACGGGAGACGCUUGGGUACAGUCCACUUCCGGUCGAGAUGGGCGAGUCUGUAUGA